AACGAGAACGGCUUCCCCAUGAAGAACCUGUCGCUGGUCGACAAGGAGAACACGCCGCCAUCUCUGAGCAACACCCGGAUCCUGGCCAGUAAGACCGCCCACAAGAUCUUCCAGGAGGCUGAGACUGACUCGGUUAAAACUAAACAGAACCAGAGCAUUCAGGAUGAGCCCCUCUUAAGGGAUAACCCCAAUCGUUUUGUCAUCUUCCCAAUCCAGUACCAUGAUAUCUGGCAAAUGUACAAGAAGGCAGAAGCUUCCUUCUGGACAGCAGAGGGGGUGGAUCUCUCCAAAGAUCAACAGCACUGGGAAUCAUUGAAGGAUGAGGAGAGGUUCUUUAUUUCUCAUGUGUUGGCCUUCUUUGCUGCCAGUGAUGGCAUUGUGAAUGAGAACCUGGUUGAGAGGUUUAGUAAAGAAGUUCAAGUAACUGAGGCGCGCUGUUUCUAUGGCUUCCAAAUUGCAAUGGAGAACAUUCAUUCAGAGAUGUACAGUCUCCUUAUCGACACUUACAUUAAGGAUUCAAAAGAAAGGGAGUUUCUGUUCAAUGCCAUUGAAACACUGCCCUGUGUGAAAAAGAAGGCAGACUGGGCACUGCGUUGGAUUGGUGACCAGCAAUCAACUUUUGGUGAACGUGUUGUGGCAUUUGCUGCUGUCGAAGGCAUAUUCUUCUCUGGAUCAUUUGCUGCAAUCUUCUGGCUGAAGAAACGUGGACUAAUGCCUGGUCUGACCUUCUCCAAUGAACUUAUCAGUCGUGAUGAGGGUCUUCAUACUGACUUUGCUUGUCUAAUGUUCAAACACCUUAUACACAAGCCGACAGAAGAUCAAGUCCGAGAGCUGAUUGUUGAUGCUGUCGGGAUAGAGCAGGAGUUCUUGACUGACGCAUUACGCAUAAAACUCAUAGGCAUGAAUGGCACUCUGAUGAACCAGUACAUUGAGUUUGUGGCUGAUCGUCUCAUGUUGGAGCUUGGUUUUAGCAAGGUCUUCAAGGCAAAAAAUCCUUUUGACUUCAUGUAGAAUAUCUCCCUAGAAGGAAAGACUAACUUCUUUGAGAAAAAGGUUGCAGAAUACCAGAAGAUGGGGGUGAUGGCAACAGACCAUAAAUUCACUCUUGAUGCUGACUUUUAA